UUAUAAGAUACACAUCUCAACAUCUUCCGAAAGAGUUAGCUUUACAGACAUGAAAAGUGUAAGUGUUUUGGUGUUCGCCUUGGUUUUGGCCGUCGUAUAUGGCCAGAAUAAAUAUACUAAUAAAUACGAUAAUGUGGAUGUUGACACGAUUUUAAAAAAUGAGAGAGUUUUAACAAAUUACAUAAAAUGCAUGAUGGAGGAGGGACCCUGUACAGCAGAAGGAAGGGAGUUGAAAAAAACACUCCCAGACGCUCUUGCUUCAGGUUGCACAAAAUGCAAUACAAAACAAAAAGAAACAGCUGAGAAGGUGAUGAAACAUCUGAUGUCAAGAAGGCCCAAGGACUGGGAAAGACUUACCAAGAAGUAUGAUCCACAAGGAAACUUUAAAAAACGUUAUGAGGAACAUCUAGAAAAAGAAAGGAAAGCCGCUUAGGAAAUUAUUUUUAAAGAGAUGAAAAAGUUUAACUUGUUUUUGAGUUUACUAAUUUUAUUGUUUUUUUUUUAUUUAGACAAUUUGCAAAAACAUUAGCUGUUAUGGUUAUUUAGUUUCAUAUAAUUUGGUUUCUAUUGACGAAUUAAAUAAUUAUCUCGUGAAAGUGAUUAAAAAACAGUUUGCAACAAUUUUACGGUCACUUACAAGUGUUAACACUAUUUAGAAAGUGUUUCAAAUCAAGCAAGACUGAUGUUUAAUAAAAGAAAGUUAAUAAUUAUUAGAGUUUUUACAAAACUUAUUCUUGAUAUUUUGUUGACAUUUACAUUAUAGCGAUAAAUCAUUUAAUAAAUUUUGGUAAUUGUGUAAUUGUGUCAUUAUGUAAUUAUGUC